AUGUGGGAGUCUGGAGUUGAAUCAAGGAAAUUUAGACCAUGUGCAAAGUGGGAGAAUGUUAUUCGGCAGUGUAAACUAGAGACAUUUCGGCAACUCUUGGUAAGAACUGAUCAAGCCUCCCAUUGGGGCUCGGAUACCGAGUUGUUGGCACUCUUUUUGGAUAUCGUCGUGGUCAUGUCCAUUUUGCAUUUAAGGGAUCUUAAUUCAUCUCCGGCUUUCCUUAUUGAAAUUGCUACGCCAAUAAGUGGAUUGGUUAGAGAGAUGGCAUCUGGGUUAGUCAGAAUUGCAGUGGAAUGUGACAAAGAGAAAGGAAAGGAGAAGAAAGCUGAGAGACUGUUGGAAGAGCCAAUGUGGAGGACUUAUUGCAAUGGCAAGAAAUGUGGUCUCGCUACAAGGAAGGAAUGUGGGCCUAAACAGUGGAAGGUAUUGAAAGCUGUAGAGCCAAUCUCAAUGGGUGCAGGUGUUUUGCCAAGGUUGUUCAGCUGA